AUGAUGUGUGUAUCGAUAUGGGAAGAAAUCUUUGAAAAACUUCAAAAUAUACCUCGAAUUCAUCCUCUAUUACUUGAAAGAGCAGAAUCAAUCCAAAGUGAACAUGAUACAAUCAGUCAUCAAUUAUCAACUGGGAAUGAGUUCAAUCAAGAGUUAAGUACUAAGUUCUCCAACUUAGGGAUUAUCAUUGAUAUUUUCAAUCAAUAUAAGUUGAACUUGAGUAGUUUGGGAGAUUUAUUGGAAAUAAUAGAUGAACCAAAUCAAGAUGAUGAAAUCUUAACUGAAGCACUUGAAGAAAUCGAUGAUUUAUUACCGAGUUUAACUAAGACGAUUCGAACUUUACAAAAUCGAUUAUUACCACCAUUGAAAUUUAAUGAUAAACCAACGAUUAUUGAAUUAAGACCUGGGAUUGGAGGUAAUGAAGCUAGUUUAUUCACCGAAGAUUUAAUGCAGAUGUAUAUUAAUUUCGCUAACCAACAGAAAUGGAAAUGGGAGAUGGUUAGCAAAAGUGAAGGCAGUAAUGGAUUUGUUAAUGAAGUGAUUUUAAAUAUUAAUGAACCAGGAUCAUAUAAUUCAUUAAGAUUUGAAAGUGGAGUUCAUCGAGUUCAAAGAAUCCCAAGUACUGAAAGUAAAGGUAGAAUUCAUACUUCUACAUCAGCCGUAGUUAUCUUACCUAAAAUGUCCGAAGGGAAUGAGAAUUCCUUAAAAGAUGAUGAAAGACAAUUUAAACUGGGUGAAGUUAGAAUUGAUACCAUGAGAGCAGGAGGUAAAGGUGGUCAACAUGUUAAUACUACUGAUUCAGCCGUUAGAUUAGUUCAUAUACCUACUGGGAUAAUCGUCAUGCAACAAGAUGAAAGAUCCCAACCUAAGAAUAAAGCUAAAGCAUUUUCAAUAUUAAGAUCAAGAUUAGCUCAAUUAGAAAAAGAAAAAGAAUAUAAUGAUCAAAGAAAAUUAAGGACUGAUCAAGUUACUACCACUGAUAGAUCAGAUAAGAUACGUACUUAUAAUUAUCCUCAAAAUAGAGUUACUGAUCAUCGAUGUGGGUUUUCAUUACAUGAUUUACAAGGAUGUAUGAAUGGAACUAAAUUAGGUGAAUUAAUAGAUAGAUUAGAAGAACAUGAAUUUGAAUCAAGAUUACAAGAUUUAAUCAAUAGUAAAUAG